AUGAAGAGUGCACUCUUCAUACAAUUGAAAUAUGUCAUCGGUCUCUUUGGAAAGACUGUUCCAAAAACAGUGGAUAAUUUUGUGGCCUUAGCCACGGGAGAGAAAGGAUUUGGCUACAAAGACAGCAAAUUCCAUCGUGUGAUCAAGGACUUCAUGAUCCAGGGUGGAGACUUUACCCGGGGAGAUGGCACUGGAGGAAAGAGCAUCUAUGGUGAACGCUUCCCCGAUGAGAACUUCAAGCUGAAACACUACAGGCCUGGCUGGGUGAGCAUGGCCAAUGCAGGCAAAGACACCAACGGCUCCCAGUUCUUUAUCACGACCGUUAAGACAGCAUGGCUGGAUGGCAAGCACGUGGUGUUUGGCAAAGUUCUGGAAGGCAUGGAGGUAGUACGGAAGGUGGAGAGCACCAAGACGGACAGUUGGGACAAGCCCCUGAAGGAUGUGACGAUCGCAGACUGUGGCAAGAUCGAGGUGGAGAAGCCCUUUGCCAUCGCCAAGGAGUAGGGCCCCAGGGAUCUCUUUGCGCCACCAUCUGUGCGGCCCUGGUGCCUUCCCGCGGGUGAAGACCGCCCGCCGCAGGGCUCCGUGCUACACUGGCCCCA